AUGCGUUAUUCGAGCAUUACACGAGCAAUGCUGGCUGCAUGGUGGCGUUUGAUUCGCACAUCUGACCAGAAUUUCCGAGAGAAAAUCCUGGCCCGUCUGUUGCAAGCAUCGAAGAAUUUCUUGAAGAUGAGUACCUCUUUCAGCUCAAACGUGAGCGCUACAGCAACGGCACUAGAAACAUUGGAAAAAUUGAAAGAUUUGUAUUGCGAUAUUGCACAGGUCCCGGUGCCGGAGAGUGCUCGCCUGGUGUAUCACAAAGCAAAUCAUAUUCAAAUCGCUUCAAUAUGGUCAAAUCGCGCUGUGCAGUUGAAGAAGAUUGUAAAAAUGCAACGCAUAAGUACAGUGGUACCAAAAGCCGGUGAACCAAACAUAUUGGAGCGCAUUUCCACAGUAUCUCUGCCAUUUGCUAGCACUGAGUAA